AUGGUGCUACGCCUGUAUACACAGCAAUCGCAGAACGCACGCCAUGGCUGUAUAAACGUCAAGCCGAGGCACCCCCACACCUUCUCGUCCCUCUUCACCGCAAGAUCGCGUGAUUGCAAUCGGUCCAACAUCUUACCAUCAAUGAAAAUCCGAUCCCUCCCCCAUCACGAUCAAAAUGUAGACUAAAACCAUGCACAUACCCCAGAUUUUCGGCAGCGCUAAAUAUCCUAGCGCAUCCCUGAUGAUCCUCGCCGUAGAUUAAUAGCGGGGCAGUACGGGAUGAACUGGAUAAUCACCCACCAAGAAAAGCGACCAAUCGUUGCUCAAGUUUGAGUAUCAGUUCCGAGGCACUGCUGUUCUGGGACAGCUUGGAUGUUCGGGCGGUAAUGCGAAUGCGAAAUUU